UUGAUUUCUUUGACGAUACCCCCUCCUUUCGAUUCACAGCCAACAGUCGUGAUUCAGGUCUUAUUGGUUGCCAAAUAGCCGACCGCUUUUUCUUUUGGGCUGGAUUGUCGAGCUGCAAUGGAAUCGACCUCCAUUUGAUCAACCAGGCCAUCGUGCAUCACAGCUUUCGCAGAAUUCUACGCAGAAUCCGAUGAAAGUCAGCAUUUGAUGAGGAUUCUUCACCGACCGCUCACUGGCACUUCGAUUUUGCCGAUUUGUGUGCUGGCGGAUCAUCCUGUUCUGAUGGGCUUGACAAUCAUUGCUAGCCAUGUUUUUUUGCAGAUCCAGGUAUCACUACGAAGACAUCUGGAGACUCUUACAUGCUCAGUUACUACGAGCAGAGGUCAUUGCACCCCUCGGAUUUUUCUUGAUAUUGACGAGCUUGGUGCGGCAUCAGCACGUCAUCUAAGGGGGCCAUUUGCUAAAUCCGGAAUCAUCGCCAUGAGGAUCUUGCAAAUUUUUCAAAAGACAGUCUCCGGGUUGAAGGCACGAGAAUUACCCCUGACUGCACCAAAUGGGCCACUGACUGUCAGGUCUUGCUAGGUCUUUCCCAGGCUGUCAUUUCGUCUCAGGGGCGUUUGUCUUGUUUUCCUUUUCUCUCCUUUUUUGUUAUCCGCAUGAGGACAGAGUUUGAUCCUUCUUUACUCACAGCGACCAUGUUCUUACUGCUAA